AUCUCAUCCUAAUUGCACCAUACAAUGUCAACCACUGAGGGCUCUCCUCCCCAAAAAUCUUCAGCUUGCCAACCUGAUGCUAACAGAUGAAUGCAGAGAACUCAUGGGGUCCCUCCCAUCCGAGAAGGGAUGGGUCUUGAGCUCGAGCACCCUCUACUACCUCUACCGGGGCUUCUGGUACGGGGCCCUCCACAUGAACGGCACCCUCUUGACUCAACGCCACUUUAGGUCCCUGGCCGGACCCACACAACAAAACCAUCAUCAGUCACCAUCUAUCUAUAUAUAUAUCUUCUUCAAGUCAAUUCUUCACUUCACUGCCAACGUACUUCCUGAUUACCCCUCUCUCUCAUCCACCAUGUCAGCCCCUAACAGCUCUCGCCUCCCCAAAUAUCUCCAAGAAGUCGACAACCUAACAGAUGAAUGUAGAGAACUCAUUAGCACACUCCCAUCCGAGAUGGGUUGGCUCCCGAUGUUCAUGCACUUCUACCAGGGCUUCUGGUACACCACCCGCCAACUGAGCGCGAUCCUCCCGGUUCAACACCACUUCAAGGCUCUGGACUCCGACAUCGUCCUUGUGUCCACCCCCAAGUCAGGCACAACAUGGCUUAAAGCCAUUCUCUUUGCCCUCCUAAACCGAUCCUACUGCUAUUCCAAUAUAAAAGGGGAUCAUCCCUUGCUCCAGAAAAAUCCGCACGAACUCGUACCUUUCCUGGAAUUCCUCCACAUGUUGGACACGAAUCCGGACCUCUCCUCAUUCACUUCCCCAAGGCUGUUAGCCACCCACAUCCCCUUCGGAUCACUUCCAGAGUCCAUGAAGGAUUCCGAAUGCAAGAUUGUGUACUUGUGCAGGAACCCGAAGGACACAUAUGUCUCCCUAUGGCAAUUUACAAAUAAGUUGCUGCCCAAGGAAACUGGGACGACAAGCCCACUUGAGGAGACUUUUGACAAGUUUUGCAGAGGGGUGAGCGUGUAUGGACCAUUCUGGGACCAUGUCCUGGGCUACUACAAUGCCAGCUUGGAGAUGCCCCAUAAGGUCUUUUUUCUAACGUACGAGGAAAUGAAGGAGAAACCUAUUGAGCAGUUGAAGAGAUUGGCUGAUUUCCUGGGCUGCCCUUUCUCGGAAGACGAGGAGGAGGUUGAUGGUGGGGUUGAUGAGAUCCUACGGCUCUGCAGCUUCGACAAUUUGAGCAAGCUAGAGGUGAAUCAGAACGGGAAACUCUCAACAGGGCACGAGAACAAGUCGUUCUUCAGAAAGGGCGAAGUGGGAGAUUGGGUAAGCUAUUUGACUCCCGAUAUGAUUGAGAGGAUCGACCGCAUCACUGAGGAGAAGUUCCAUGGGUCAGGUUUAAAGCUCUAGAAGUGAUUUAGUUGAUAUUCACUUGUUCAUUGCCUACUCUCCAGUACCAAUGCAACCUAUACCAACAGUACUCGAUUUCCUGUUUACACGUACUGUGCAAACUCUCCCCUAGUAAUGAUCCAAUUAUAUAAUAACAAUCAAAGUGGGUGUAGCAUAUGUUAUGGGCCAUAAAAUUGUGAUGUCCGGUGAACAGCAACCCAACGAGUCAAAAUAGAAGCAGAGAUGAGAGAUCAACAGUAGCAUAUGUUAGAAUGAGUAAUUCAAUGAGCAUCUAUGUCAGCAGGGUGAACAGCAUCAAUCACGUCCAAUGGAUUCACCCGAGAGAAGCGAAGAUUUGAGCCUUAAAUUGCAAGGAGCCCCCAUGGUCCCAGCCGGGGAGACCCCAUCUGAUGGUCCCAGGGUUCCCCCAUAUGCUCCGACCUGGACCUUAAUGCAUGUCACCAAAUUGGAAGCACAGAACGCAGAGGAUCAGUGAUAGCCAUGCUCUUUCCUUCGUUUAUUAGUGAGAAUGUCAAUUGAAAAGGCGUACUUUUAUUCCUGUCUCUUGUACUUUUGUCCUCUGUCGUAUUUUUACUGAGUGGGAAGCAGCUAUAGAAAAAACAAUACGGCCGGAAAAAAAAAAAAAAAGGUGCUCAUCCAAUGUGUAAGGGUUAGUCUACAAUACAUUGGUCAUUCACUUAUGUAUGUAUCAUUCUUCAAGUAACUUGUUUGAAUUUUUCAAGUAAAUUAUCUAACCUCAA